AUGAAACGAAAGCAACCAGAUUCGGACGAUGGCGAGCGUCCUGUCUCGACGCCGAAGAGGCAGAGAACAACUGCGGUGAUCAAUGGCUCUACAAAUAGAAAUACGGACGCGGAUCGAUCCCUCGACAUGACGCCCUCGAAACGGAUCAAAUCAACACCGCAAAAACCAAGCUCAGCAACUCCCGCAGCACUGAAGGAAUCGGGCCUGAAAACUCCUACGCAUAGAUCAAAGGCGAAAGCUCUCUUCUCAACACCUACAAAAGCGACGGCUGUUUCUACGCCAAACCGAGCACGAAAUGCCGACCGAUCUGCGAAGAAGAAAAGCGCUCGCUUGUUGCUGGAGCAGGAUGAGGAUGAGAUCUGGGACGGGGCUGACCGUUUAGCCGAGGAGAUUCUGGAAGACGAGGGCGACGCGCCUGAGACCGCUGUAGAGGAUAGCGACGGUGUCAUCCCAACAGUUGAAGGCACCACGAAAGAGGCAACCGAUGGCAAGACUGCAGCGGCGCCGAAACGUCGUGCAGGGAGGCCGAAAGGCGCAAAAAACAAGCGCUCACCUACUCCCGAGGGAGAACUGCCGUCACACGAGCGAUAUUUCUUCCAGAACAGAGCUGGCCCUCCGCGGACGUCAAAUAACACCCUCAACAAAGUGAAUCUCCUGAUGCACGAGGAGUAUUUUGAGAAGUUGGCCGGAUAUACGGACCCUUGCCAGAAGGAGAAGAACUUCCUGCUGGACCUGCAUUGUCGUUCCUUUCCGCAGUGGGAUUUUGAGUUCAAUCAAGGCUUCAACAUCUGUCUCUACGGUUACGGCUCGAAGCGUCAGCUGCUUAAUGAUUUUGCAGACUGGCUUCACCAGAGACACAGCGCCUCACCUCCCUCUAUAGUCGUCGUGAACGGGCAUACUCCGAACCUGUCAAUUCGGUCUAUCUUCGCCACCAUUGUGACCGCUGUCCUGGGUGCAGACAUUCCAUCGAAGAUGGGGUCUCAGCCACUAGAGGUAUUAGAACUGUUGCAGUCUAGUCUCAAGUCUCGACCCUCCCAGAAACCAAUCACAGUACUGAUCAAUGCCAUCGACGCCCCUCCCCUCCGCCGAGCAACGAACCAAGCCCUCCUUGCGCGACUGGCUGCGACGCCAAAGAUCCAUUUACUUGCCACGGCAGACACUCCGAAUUUUCUGUUGAUGUGGGAUAUCAGCCUUCGAGAUCAGUUCAAUUUUGUUUUUCACGACUGCACAACAUUUGCCUCUUUUGAAAGUGAGUUUGAUGUUGUGGAAGAGGUUAACAACCUGCUUGGGCGCAAGGGCCGUCGAAUUGGUGGUAAAGAUGGUGUUGGCUUCGUGCUGAAGAGUCUUCCGGAGAACGCGCGGAAUCUCUAUCGACUGCUUCUCACUGAACUGCUAUGUAUGAUGGACGAAGGUCAUAAUUCGGAUGACGAGAUGGACGGCCAUGCAGGAAGAGAAGACGGGGCUCACGAUGAGACGGGCAUUGAGUUCCGAAUGCUCUACCAGAAGGCUGCCGAGGAGUUUAUUGCGUCUUCUGAAAUGAUGUUCCGAACACUAUUGAAAGAAUUCCAUGACCAUCAGAUGAUCACAUCGCGCAUGGACACGAGCGGAAUGGAAAUACUAGGAGUACCGCUGUCGCGAGAAGAAAUGGAAGGGGUUCUGGAAGAUCUGGUAUUGGGGUGA